GGCGGGGCGUGCGACCGGCCUUGCGGCGGGACAUGAGUCGCAGGCCGGGACGCACGGGCGGCCUGGCGGGCGGAGGACGCAGGAGCGCAGGACGCGUGGACCGUACGCUCUACCAGCUGGGCGCCCAGGCUGCCCAUUAAACCAAAUAGCCAGCAGUCCUCCCAGCCUCCCUCCUAGGAGAUCCUUGAACUUCCCUCAGGUUGACAGAACCCAGUCUCCGGCCGGCCGGGUGAUCCGAGAGCGGUGCCAGGUGCGGUGCCACCGACCACGUGGGGCCCCAGUGGCGCCAGCAGAACUCGAGUCCUCGGGGCUCGGGACCCGCCCGGGCCUUUUUAUCUGGGGCGCCGGCGGAAGUGCGGGUGCCUGCAGCCACGGACCAGCUUGGACCAUGCAGACUCCUCAGGCCAUUCCUGUCCCUGUGCCAGUGCUCCGCCUUCCCCGGGGCCCUGAUGGCUUCAGCCGAGGCUUUGCCCCUGGUGGACGCAGGGCUCUCCUGAGGCCAGAAGCUCCUGUAGCCCAAAAAGGGCCUGGUCAAGACUCUCUGGAGUCCCAGGAACAGCAGGCCCGAGCUGCCCUCCGGGAGCGCUACCUCCGCAGCCUCCUGGCCAUGGUGGGGCACCCUGUGAGCUUCACGCUGCAUGAGGGUGUGCAUGUGACUGCCCACUUUGGGGCCACCGACCUGGAUGUGGCCAACUUCUACGUAUCCCAGCUGCAGACUCCCAUAGGUGUGCAGGCUGAGGCGCUGCUUCGGUGUAGUGACAUCAUUUCUUAUACCUUCAAGCUGUGAAGACAUCCUGGCCUUCACCCUUGUGCUGUGGGCUUAGCCCUCCAGAUGUUCCUGGGCCAGGAACUUGGCCCUGUAGACCUCUCAGUUCCUCUGGAAUCUGAAUCAAGCUCCAAGAAACGUUAAGUCUUACUCAGAAAAACUCUAAACUGGGCACCAUAUGGUGCUGCAUGCUGGUAAUCCCAGCACAGGGGAGGCUGAAGUAGGGGUUCAUAAAUUGGAGACCAUUUUGGACUGUGCCGAGAGACUACCACCACAGGAAUUCUAGGUCUCCUUGAAAGGAAUGUUCUACCUCACAAACUCUCAACUUUACAGAAAUAGGGCCAAUGCCUGUUCCUAAAGACUGGGGUAUGGGGUGGACGUUCCAAGGCAGACUGCCAAGUGUCUGGAUAUGUACUGAGGAGCUGCAAAGUCCAGCCUGUCUGUAGAUGCUUCCCAUUCUUCCCUUCUACCAAAGAAAUGGAGAUUCCAGGACUCUGCCUUUUGCUUUUUAAAAAAAUUAUGUAUAUGAGUGUAUUGCCUGCAUAUGUGUAAAUGCACCUAUGUUGUGCAAUGCCCCUGGAGGUCAGAAGAGGGCAUAGAUCCCUGGACUGGAGUUACUGAUGGUUGUUCAUUGCCAUGUGGGUGCUGGAAAUUGAACCUGUGUCCUUUGCAAGGACACAGUGCACUUAAUGAAUCAUCUCUAAGUGGUUC